AUGCAUGCACAUUUUGCUCAACCGAUUCAGGCAGCAGCAGCAGCCGCUGUAGCAGCAGCAAUGGCAGUUUCGAACACUUCGUCAACUUCAUCAACAUCUGAAGCACAUGUUUCGACACCAGUUCAUCACACUGCAACGAAAGCUGAAUGGAUGGAAGCGAUUGAACAACAACGUUUAGAACGUUCGACGUUGAAUAGACUGAUUAUCAAUUAUCUUGUCACAGAAGGAUUUAAAGAAGCUGCAGAGAAAUUCGCCGAAGAAGCUGGAAUUUCAUUGAAUAACGUUGAUUUAACUUCAUUGGACGAACGCUUAAGAAUUCGCGAAGCAAUUGAAAGUGGGAGAAUUCAAGAUGCAAUUAAUUUAAUCAAUACUAAAGCACCCGAGUUGCUCGAUCAAAAUCGUCAAUUAGCNUAUCAAAUCACCACAAAAUAUCACCAAUUUGUUCGACGUGCAAUUGCUCUUGAUACAAUUCGGAAAAAUCUUGAAUCAAGUGAAUAUUCAACAAAAGAUCAAUUUAAAAGAGAUAUCUAUUUAAUGUUAUAUAAUGCAAUCAAAUAUAAUCCACGCUAUCAUCAUGUUCAUCGAUCAGCGAAAACCAUCUUUAAUCUUACUGUUCCACUUUUUCAAUUAUCUGUUCAAGAUAUUCAUGCGCAAAUAGCAACACGACAUAAUGUAUCUCUCUCAUCUGAUGCUUCAUUAGUUAAACGAAAACGGUUAAAUUGA